GGGCGGAAGUGGGAGGAGUGGAGUUACAAAACAGUACUCUUUUCCGGUUUGGGACACAGUUGAAGCUACGUCUAGUCGGAUAAGCGGUCUUGAGGAUGACACGGCACGGCAAGAACUGCACUGCAGGGGCUGUCUACACCUACCACGAGAAGAAGAAGGACACAGCGGCCUCAGGCUAUGGGACCCAGAACAUUCGACUGAGUCGGGAUGCUGUGAAGGACUUUGACUGCUGCUGUCUCUCUCUGCAGCCCUGCCAUGACCCUGUGGUCACCCCAGAUGGCUACCUGUACGAACGGGAAGCAAUCCUGGAGUACAUCCUCCACCAGAAGAAAGAGAUCGCCCGGCAGAUGAAGGCCUAUGAGAAGCAGCGAGGAGCACGCCGGGAAGAGCAGAAAGAGCUUCAGCGAGCCGCAGCACAGGACCAAGUUCGAGGCUUCCUAGAGAAGGAAGCGGCCAUUGUGAGCCGGCCCCUCAACCCCUUCGUGCCCAAGGCUGCCACCUCGGCCAGCACAGAUGGUGAACAGUCAGGGCCCAGUGUGGGUCCCCUCGGCAAGGACAAGGACAAAGCACUGCCCAGCUUCUGGAUUCCUUCACUAACGCCCGAGGCCAAGGCCACCAAGCUGGAAAAGCCGUCCCGCACGGUGACCUGCCCAAUGUCCGGGAAGCCACUGCGCAUGUCGGACCUGACGUCAGUGCGCUUCACGCAGCUGGACGACUCCGUGGACCGCGUGGGGCUCAUCACACGCAGUGAGCGCUACGUCUGCGCCGUGACCCGAGACAGUCUGAGCAACGCCACGCCGUGUGCAGUGCUGCGGCCCUCUGGGGCCGUGGUCACCCUGGAGUGUGUCGAGAAACUGAUCCGGAAGGACAUGGUGGACCCCGUGAAUGGGGACACACUGACAGAGCGCGACAUCAUCGUGCUGCAGCGGGGCGGCACAGGCUUCGCGGGCUCCGGAGUGAAGCUGCAGGCGGAAAUGUCCCGGCCAGUGAUGCAGGCCUGAGCCCUGACCUAAUAAACGUGGAUGCGAGCA